CCUAUUGACAGCUAGCUACACCAACAGCUGGUGGAUGUGUUUGUGUGUGUGGUGAGAGUGCCACCCUCCGAAUCAGUGAGUCAGUCGUCCGCCUCCAACAGGUACUCCAAGCUAUCAAGGUCCUGCACACACACACACACACACACAUACACAAGACGGGUCGACAUCCAUCCAUCCAUCCUCGGUGUGCCAUCCAUCCAUCGGUGUGCCAUCCAUCCCGAUGUGCGCACUGACCGCCUGCUUGUCAGGGUGCAGCACGAAUACGUCACCCCCACCGCCACCACCAGCACCAGCAUCGCCCUGCUGCUGAUCAUCGCCCAGGUCCACUCGCUGCAGAAAGUGGUGCUCGCACAGCCGGGCAAUCACCGCGUUCGCGCGAGAGAUGUACGGGGCAGGGUUGGGGCGGCCGCUACUCGACGAGGACGCCGCCGCACCCUGCAUAUGUGUGUGUGUGUGUGUGUGUGGAUGAGUGUGAGUACAGGCAGUCAGUCCACACACACACAGACGUGGACAUUAGACAUACCCAUGGUGCGUGUGGGGCUGGGGGGUGACACGUGUGUACGUUGUACGUUGUGAGUGUGUCUGAAGAAGUUUUGUCCAAAGAGGGGCGGUGGUCCGUCGGCGUCCAGCUCACACAGACGCUCUCGGAGGUCCACACGGCAACAGCCUUCACACAGACAGACAGACAGAAAGACAUACAGAGGGAGGAAUGAUUGACACCACCACACGGCACAGACAUGUGUGUGUGUGUGCACGUUUGCUGAAGUCUACGCUGCCAUUGCCGUCACCGUACAGCCGCAGGAUGGCCUGACAGACAAACAAGACACACACAUAUACCACGGCGUGAGUGUUUGCGGAUUGGUUUCAGUCAGUCAGUGAGUGAGUGACUCCUUUCCUUGCGCACCGUCAUGGCCUGCUGCAUGGCCUCGUCGCUGGUCACCACAUCGUCGAAACGCCCCUGGCGGGCCUGCGUGGGGUGGGGACAUGGACACACAUACACACACAUGAGUAGGUCCGUGUGUUGUGUGCGGUGUGUCGCCGUGUGGUGUGCGGACCUCUUCGGUCUCCGGCGCUUCCUCCUCCUGGUCCUCUUCGUCGUUGCUUUCGUCACCCUGCAGCCACCCAUCCAUCCAGCAGUCAAUCCAUCCGGCUCACACAUGCCCAUCUUAUCUGCCUGUGUUCUUUCUUUCCGUGUGUGGUGUACCCCUCCCUCCUCGCCCUCGGCCGGAUCGUCAUCACCUGCAGCACAGAAAUGGAUGGAUCCACAGCACACACCCAUGGAGAAGGUACCACCUUUGUGUGCUGUGCUGUGCUGUGCUGUGUGCUGUGCAGUACCUUCCUGAUCCUCAUCAUCAUUGUCCUCUUCUUCUGCUUCGUCGUCGUCUUCCUCGUCUUCCUCCUCUCUCCGCCGAAUGGCUACAGCACGUCGGACGAUCUGACGACGCCUGCGCACAUAAGUACACAACACGCUUUCAUUCGUGUGGCUGCCUGGCUGCACGACUCACUCGACUCACUCACUGCACGCCUGUCUGUCUGUCUGGUUCCUCGAUCGAGGGUGCUGUGUGCCAGCCCACCCACCCACCCACACCUCACCCACACACCCACCCGGCUCGGAUGCGAUUGAUGUUGUUGCGCCGACGGCGGGGCCUUCACACAACCACACCAUCACCACACCACAGCCACACAGACAAAGAAACAAGCGUACAGACACCACACCAUCGCGCCGCGCCCACCUGUCGACAACCUCCUCCUCUUCUUCAUCUUCAUCUUCGUCUUGGUCAUCGCUAUCGCUGUCGGGUAUGGACCGCUCGUAGUAGGUGCGGCGCCGGUCCUGCUGCCCGCGGGCCAGGGGCGGCAUCGGCCGACCCUUCGGACGCACACGGGGCUUCGCCUUCGCGCGGGGGGGACCUGGAAAUGAAGGACGAUAUGAUAUCAUUCUUGAGAUGGGUGGGAGUGUACCUACCUACCUGGGUUGUUCCUACCUGGGUUGUUGUCUGUGGAGGAAAGCAUUGCCUGCUGCUGUUGCUGGGGCUGCUGCUGGGGCUGCUGCUGAUAUCGAUGGUGUUGGUUUGGCUGGUCGUGGUUGCCUCCCAUCGCCGAAGGGCUGCUCAUCUCAUGAGGGAUCUGUUCUGUCAGUCACACAGACGCACAAAGAGAGGAAAUGCAUCGACCAUGUUUUAAUCUGUGUGGUCUGGUGUGCACAUCACGAGUGCGGUAGCUACAUACCGACCUGUCUGUCAACAGAUGCAUCCUCAGCGCUUCGCACUCAUCUAUACGACGCAUUCAUCCAUCCACCCAUCGAUUGGAUCCCUGUCUGAGGGAGAAGAUGGAACAAAAGGGGAGAGGUCUGUGUGGGAGAAGACAGACCAGACGGAUCAGAUCUCCCGAGCUCCUCCCCGCUU